AUGGCCAGGUUCCUUGCAGGUUUAAACCGUUACAUCGCCAACAUAGUUGAAUUACAACACUAUAUUGAAGUGAUGGACAUGGUACAGAUGGCGAUUAAGGUUGAAAAGCAACUUAAGCGAAAAGGAGUUAGUAGACCCUAUGCCAAUUCUUCAACCAAGAAAUGGAGUCAAGGAGUCAACAAACCCCCUGUUAGAACAAAUGAGCCGGUUGUAGCAGCUAAAUCAAAUCAGCCUGUUGGAGAGACAACUAGUAUUAUGUUGGUGGAAAAGUUAGGUUUGGCCACAACCAAACACCCAACUCCAUAUAAGUUGCAAUGGCUGAAUGAUGGAGAUGAGCUUAAAGUCACGAAACAAGCUGUGGUGGCAUUUUCUAUUAGAAAGUACCAAGAUGAAGUGGUGUGCGAUAUAGUUCCUAUGCAUGCGGGACAUCUACUUUUGGGGCAUCCAUGGCAGUUUGAUAGGCGCGUGACCUAUGAUGGUUAUACAAAUCGUUAUACAUUCAAGUACCAUGGCAAGAAUGAAUUCAAAGACGUUUUUCCGGAAGAAGUGCCAAGUGGAUUGCCUCCUUUUCGAGGUUUUGUUGUAAGUGCGAGUGGACUCGAGGUGCAUCAAGACAAGAUUAAAGCGAUACAAGAAUGUCCAUGUCCGACUAACAUUAGCCAAGUUAGAAGCUUUCAUGGCCUUGCAAGCUUCUAUAGGAGAUUUGUACCGAAUUUUAGCACUCUUCCUGCCCCAUUAACUGGUAUUAUCAGAAAGAAUUCACCUUUCAUUUGGUCUGAUGAACAAGAAUCUGCUUUUGUUAAAAUCAAAGAUUGUUUAACUAAUGCUCCUCUUUUAUGUUUGCCGGAUUUUAACAAAAUUUUUGAGGAGGAAUGUAAUGCCUCUGGAAUAGGAAUAGGUGCGAUUUUAACAAAAGAUGGGCGACCAGUGGCUUAUUUUAGCGAGAAGCUUAAUGGAGCUACGCUCAACUAUCCUACCUAUGAUAAGGAAAUGUACGCAUUGAUACGUGCAUUAGAAACAUGGCAGCAUUACCUUUGGCCUAAGGAGUUCGUUAUACACACGGACCAUGAGGCUUUGAAGCAUUUGAGAGGGCAAACUAAGCUCAACAAAUGUCAUGCAAAAUGGGUAGAAUUCUUAGAAUCCUUUCCAUAUGUGAUUAAAUAUAAGCAAGGAUCAACUAGGAACCUGCUGGUUCAUGAAGCACAUAGUGAGGGCUUAAUGGGACAUUUUGGUAUUGCCAAAACUCUGGCCGUUCUUAAAGAACACUUUUAUUGGCUGAAAAUGAAACGAGAUGUGGCUAAAGUGUGCAAUCGCUGUAUUGCUUGCAAGAAGGCGAAAUUAAGGAUCCAACCGCAUGGACUCUAUACUCCAUUAUCGAUCCCAGAAAUGCCAUGGAUGGAUAUUUCUAUGGACUUUGUUUUAGGUCUUUCUAGAGCAAAGAAUGGCAAUGAUUCUGUGUUUGUUGUAGUUGAUCAGUUUUCAAAAAUGGCUUAUUUCAUUGCGUGUAACAAAACUGACGAUGCUUUAAAUAUUGCUAAUCUAUUUUUUAGGGAGAUUGUACGAUUGCAUGGCAUUCUAAGAACCAUUAUUUCGGAUCGAGACACUAAUUUUCUCAGCCACUUUUGGAGGAGUUUAUGGGGAAAUCUUGGAACUAAGCUAUUAUUUUCCACAACAAGUCAUCCGAAAACCGACGGCCAAACGGAGGUUGUUAAUCGAGUUUUGUCAACACUACUGCUGGCCAUUAUUCGUAAGAAUCUAAAAACUUGGGAGGAUUGUCUACCUCACAUUGAAUUUUCAUACAAUCAAACGAUACAUUCAGCUACCAAGUAUUCACCAUUCGAGGUAGUGUAUGGAUUUAAUCCCUUAACUCCAUUGGAUUUGUUGCCUUUGCCGUCUGAUAAAUUGGUGCAUGUUGAUGGAAAGAAAAAGGCAAAUUUUGUGAAACAAUUGCAUCAGCGAGUUAGGGAUAAUAUUGAACAAAGAACAGAGCAAUAUGCUCAUCAAGUUAACAAUGGUCGUAAAUGA